AUGAAUAAACAUUUCCUAAUUCGAGCAUUGAAUAUCGGUGACCGGGAAGAAUCGUAUCCGCAUCCAGCCACUGNCUCACGAGUGUUUUUGUCUACCUCGGGCAACGAGACACUAGAAGGUCGCGCGGACUUUGAGACUCGUGAGAAGACUUACCGGCAGGAGAAAACACCGGUAAGCUUCAUUGGUGAGCUAGCACCGUCUACGUUGUAA